UAUCCUCUUCUCUAUUGGGUUUUGUCAUUCUCCAUUGCUAUUUAUUCCUUUUUAGUUUUCAUGUGGGCUUCAUGCUGCGUAAAGCAGACAUAAUUAAAAAAAUGCAUGCGUGUGUGUGUUGUGAGAUAUUUGAGGUGUCACUGUGUGUGUUGCAGCUUCAUGCAUGUUUGGAAAAUGGCUGUCAAGUGAAUUUUGUGGGUGCAGAGAGAGACAUGAGAGCGUACAUGUGUGCGCCUCCUUGUACGUGCACAGUGUGUGGCUGUGUGUCAGUUUGAGCUCUCAGUAUGCUUGAAUGUGUCUGAUAGGAGAGAAAGGAUGAAGAAAACAAUACGUGUGUGUGUGUGCAUUUUUGCGUUACUAUGCAUUUUGCUGUCAAGUGUGUGUUCAGAUGUUCUCUUUUCAUGUAAGCUGCACAGAAAGGGGUGUAUGUGUGUGUUUAUGUGACAUGCAGUUUCUUGGUGUUAAUGUGUGUCCUUGUAGUUGAAGAGGGAUGAUUUGUUUAUGAGUGUUGUGGCAGUAGAAAUAUAGUGUGUGAGGGCUGCAUUCAUGUGUGUAUGUGUGUGUUAGAAGGUGGCAAUGUAGCUUACAGGAAGACUGACCUGAAUAUCCUCUGACUUUUUGGAAAAUGGCUGGUGUUUGCUCAUGUGAUUCUUGCCUGCAGUGUGUGUGCAUGAGAUGGGAUCCUGCAGUCAAUAAUGCCCAGGUCUCUGGUUUCUAAUUGUGUUUGAAGAUGGGGCAGGAAUACAUGAGAAUAUAGGCAUCUCUGAGUCUCAGGGAAAUAUGCUUGGUUGUACUGAAACACUUCCUAUAGAUCAUCAAUACAUUCAGGAUGUCGAUCGUCAGCAUUGUUGCCAGGGAGAUCCUGGACUCCAGGGGAAACCCCACUGUGGAAGUGGAUCUUCGCACAGAAAAAGGUCUAUUUAGGGCUGCAGUGCCCAGUGGGGCUUCCACAGGGAUCUACGAGGCUCUGGAGCUCCGAGAUGGCGAUAAAAGCCGUUUUAAGGGAAAAGGUGUUUUGAAGGCAGUUGGACACAUUAAUGAUUCUCUGGCGCCAGCCCUCAUAGCCUCUGGCAUCAGUGUGGUGGAGCAGGAGCAGUUGGACAACACGAUGAUUGAAAUGGAUGGCACAGAAAACAAAUCUAAGUUUGGAGCCAAUGCCAUUUUGGGAGUAUCCCUCGCCAUCUGUAAAGCCGGUGCAGCAGAGAAGGACGUCCCUUUGUACCGCCACAUAGCUGACUUAGCUGGAAACACCGAACUUGUGCUGCCGGUUCCUGCCUUUAAUGUGAUAAAUGGAGGAUCUCAUGCAGGAAACAAACUUGCCAUGCAGGAGUUCAUGGUUCUGCCUGUUGGGGCCGAGUCUUUCAAAGAGGCCCUGAGGAUAGGAUCCGAGCUCUACCACACACUGAAGGGCGUGAUUCAUGAGAAAUAUGGUCAAGAUGCUAUUAAUGUUGGAGAUGAAGGAGGAUUUGCUCCAAACAUCUUGGAGAACAGUGAAGCCCUGGACUUGCUGCAGACUGCCAUCGAGAAAGCAGGCUUCACCGAUAAGGUCGUAGUCGGGAUGGAUGUGGCCGCCUCCGAGUUUUACCGUGAGGGGAAGUACGAUCUGGACUUCAAAUCCCCUCCGGAUUCAUCCCGACACAUCAGCGGAGAAGAGCUGGCUGACAUCUACCAAAGCUUUGUCAAUAAUUACCCAGUGGUCUCCAUCGAGGAUCCAUUUGACCAGGACGACUGGGAGGCCUGGUCCCGUCUGACAGCCCAGGUGGGGAUUCAGGUUGUUGGAGACGACUUGACAGUGACCAACCCAAAAAGGAUAGAGAAAGCUGCAGAGGAGCGAGCCUGCAACUGCCUGCUGCUCAAAGUCAACCAGAUCGGCUCCGUCACUGAAGCUAUACAGGCAUGCAAGCUGGCUCAGGCCAAUGGCUGGGGAGUGAUGGUCAGCCAUCGCUCAGGGGAGACAGAGGACACCUUUAUUGCCGACCUGGUGGUGGGACUCUGUACUGGACAGAUUAAGACUGGCGCCCCCUGCAGAUCUGAGCGACUUGCUAAAUACAACCAGCUCAUGAGGAUCGAGGAGGAGCUGGGCGACCAGGCUCGCUUCGCCGGCCAUAACUUCAGGAACCCAAGCGUCCUGUGAAACUAGCUGACAGACGAGAAUGACUCACACACUCAACGCACGCAAAAUGCCCACGCAAACUGACACAAACGACUAACAAGGAAUGAGCCAUGUACAAAGAACGAUCACUCAAAUUCAGGAAAAAUACAAUCGCAAAAGAGCUAAGCAAAAGAAAUGAAUCAAUUAUGCACUAGACUUAAAAGAAUGGAGGUGAUGCUGUAUGCAGACACACAUACACACACGCACACAGUUGCAAGACCUGAAAAUGCACAUGCAGGGGAACACUCUAAAAAAAACCCCUAGAAUCUAUAAGCCAGACAUGCACUGUUAUUGUAGGAAUAGUUCAUGUACACCCAGGAGGCAGGCCUGCAAUGAUAACGAUUAUUGUUGUAAAAAAACAGAGGUAAGUAGAAAUUCUGUAGAAUAAUAUAGUCUGAAGCACGCAACUGAAAGAGAUGAAAAAGUCAAACUUUUAAGACCAAACGAGGAUGAUGCAGAUGUAGGAACUGAGUGAAAGCAACAAUAAAACAAUAAAGAGCACUCUAACACCAAAACACACACACACACACACACCCCUUCAGCUGUGUCUCUCUCUCACCUGGACACUCAAGAACCUGCACUCUUCCUAGCUCUAUCCUCCUCCCUUUCUCUCUCUAUAUAUUUUACUCUCCUUCUUCUCGUUGUGUCUGUGUCUCAGUUUUAACUGUUCUGGUUUUCUUCUCAACCUUGUGUGAAUCUGAUUAUUUGUCCUUCAUGCUUGAAGUCCUGCUUCUGUCCUGAAAGAAAAAAAGAAAAUCCUUAAAACUCAAGAACCUUUGACCCUUUUGGUUCCCCCGUCCCUUGUAUGUCCAUAGAAUAGCUGUGUCAACAAAAGAUGAAAGAGCAAUGAAAAUAAAAAUAUGAAAACAAUAAAGGAACACUUGUCAAUUAAAAUAAUGUGAAAAUAUGUGAAAUAAAGAUUAUGUUCUAAGA